AUGGUUCUGUUGGCUGCCUCUGUGUGUACUCGUGAUGGUAAAGCUCUGGUGUCUCGACAGUUUGUGGAAAUGACAAAGGCAAGAAUUGAAGGAUUAAUAGCAACAUUUCCAAAGCUUCUUGGGACAGGUAAACAACAUACAUUUGUGGAAACAGAAUCUGUGCGGUAUGUUUACCAACCUUUGGAAAAAUUGUAUGUUCUUCUGAUAACUACCAAAGCUAGCAAUAUACUCGAAGAUUUGGAGACAUUACGGCUCUUUGCACGUGUGAUACCGGAGUAUGCUUGUGGUACCGAUGAAAACGAUGUACUGACACAUGCUUUCCAACUGAUUUUCGCAUUUGAUGAAAUCAUAGCUCUAGGCUAUAGAGAAGAUGUCAACCUGUCACAAAUUCGAACAUAUACGGAAAUGGACUCACACGAUGAACGCGUGUUCCGUGCUGUACAGGAGAACAAAGAACGUGAUGCUAAAGAGCAAAUGAAACAGAGAGCACGUGAACUACAACAAGCCCGACUAGAAGCUGGAAAACGCUCAGGUGGUAUGAAUCUUUCAGGAUUCUCUAAUUAUCGUGGUGGGAAAGGAAUGGGUGGUCUGUCGAAUGAUUUAAAUGAACCUCGUGUAAUCGUCAUGAAAGAUCGUUUGGGAGAUGGGAAUACGGAUGUUCAAAGUUUGCCUACUACAAACCCAGCAACUAUCUUAGCAUCAGUGAAACGAAGUGGUAUGCAACUUGGUGGUGGCCAGGGUGGUUUAAAAAGCAUUGAUCAGUUUGUGAAUCGUCUAAAAGCCGAAGGUGAAGUGGUCAACGAAGAUGUUAUGAAUUUAGUUAACGGAUCAGACGGAGCAGAUAACGUAAUGAGUACUAACUCAACUUCUGCUUCAACUCAAAAAUCUCAUGUUAAAAAAGAAAAUCUGCAUUUACGAAUUGAGGAGAAGUUAAUCGUUCAAGCUGGUCGUGAUGGUGGUUUAGAAAGUAUGGAGUUGCAAGGUACAAUGUUUGCACAAGCUAUCACAAAUGAAGCUUGUGAAGCGAAAAUCCGAGUGGAUACAAGUAUGUGUACAAAUCCGCCCAAUGAACAUCGGCCACCUGUUCAACUUCAAACACAUCCUAAUAUUGAUAAGAAAACUUUCAUGUCCACUGGUUGGAUUCAAAUCAAACCAGGAGGUAAACCAUUUCCAAAUGGUCAAGAAGUUGGUAUAUUAAGAUGGAGAUUUCAAACUUCCGAUGAAGCUGCUCUUCCUAUAACUGUUAAUUGUUGGCCAAAUGAAAUACCCGGUGGCUUUGAAGUAAAUGUUGAAUAUGAACUACAAGAUUCUGUAUUAGAACUGGAGAAUUUAGUUAUGUCAAUCCCAUUGCCUCCCUCAGCUAAACCUCCGUUAAUUGGUAAUUGUGAUGGGGAAUAUGAAUUGAGUCCACGUAAAACUCAAUUAGACUGGCGUAUACCCAUAGUUAAUAGUGAUAAUUCAUCUGGUUCCCUCGAGUUCACAUUAAAAACAGAACGUGGUGCACAAGCAGAACAAUUUUUCCCCUUGAAAUUAAACUUUGGAUCAAAUAAAUCAUACUGUGGAAUUCAGAUAAUAGAAGCUACUGUAAGCAAUCAGGACACCCCGAUCAACUUUUCAUAUGAAUCCAAUUUUCAUACGGAAAAAUACGAAAUUAGUUAA